AUGUGUGAUGCAAGUGAUUACGCUUUAGGGGCUGUUUUAGGACAGCGAAAAUGUACCAAGGUUAUUGUAUACACUGACCAUGCUGCAUUGAAGUACCUCCUAGUAAAAUGGGAUUCCAAGCCAAGAUUAUUUCGAUGGGUAUUGCUCUUACAGGAAUUUGACUUGGAAAUUAAGGACAAGAAAGGAACGGAAAAUCAAGUAGUUGAUCAUUUAUCCCGAUUAGAGUCCAAUGAAGAAGUUCGAGAGGAAGAAAAGUCAAUCAAUGAAUACUUCCCAGAAGGGUCGUGGUUUGCAGAUAUUGCUAACUAUUUGGCGCAUAAAGUAUUGCCUCCUGGAAUGAACUCCCAAAGACGAAAAUUUUUUUUUGCAGAUUUAAAGUACUACUUUUGGGAGGAUCCAUUUUUGUACAAGCAUUGUGCCGAUCAAAUGAUAAAAAGAUUUAUGCCAGAGGAAGAGAUGAUGAAUAUUUUUCGUCAUUGUCAUUCAAUGGAAGUUGGUGGUCAUUUUGAUUAUGUUUCGAAGUGGGUGGAAGCUAUUGCGUUGCCAACAAAGGAUGCUCGCGUAGUUGUCAAGUUCAUGAAGAAGAAUAUCUUCUCAAGGUUUGGCACACCGAGGGCCAUUAUCAGUGAUGGUGGUUCUCACUUUUGCAAUCGUCAAUUAGCAACAUUGUUAAGCAAGUAUGGGUUUACACAUCGAGUUGCUACCCCAUAUCGCCCUCAAACCAGUGGCCAAGUAGAAGGUGGAAACUUGGCUUGA